GGGAGGAGGGAGCCAAAGUGGCAUAGCGAGUAUUGCAUAACCUAAAGAAAGGUGGUCUGAGGGCGGGUGCCGCUAUCACAACCAUGUAAAGUCCUGACUCGAAAUUUGAAAAGAGGCUGAGAAGAAUGAAGAACGCCUGCGACAAACCAAAAUGAAACAAACAAAUUUACGAAACAUACGAAAACUCAGAGGCAACGAGCGCUCUGUCCCGAGCGCUCUCCCCGAGGAUCACUCAUAUCCCUCCAGUCCCAUUUCGAACAGCGAAGAAGACGAAGAUGACGAGACGAUGCGCAAGUCGGUGAAGGGCACCGCGAUGGGCGCGCGAUGCGGAGGUGUCGUCAAUGGCAUGCGAUGCAGACAUGUCGUCGAUGAGCGCGCGAUACAGACGUGUCGUCGUCGCGCUAAGCGUCGGUGUUGUCAUGGUCGUUCACCAGUAAUGCAACUGCGCACUGAAAGCUCGACUCUUGCUUACUCCCCGAACCCAAUCCAAUUCAGCACCGGUCCUAUCUUGCCAGAGAUCCUGACAUACAGAUCAAAGGUUUCUCGAGGCAGAUAG